AUGCAUCAUGAGAUUGAAAAUAUCGCUGUUGAAAGUAAACGUGUGGAACAUUCGUUCGCAGACAAGAAGUACUUGGUCUCCGCUUACGAUUCUAUCGUUACUGUUGUGGAGCCCAAGAUCUCAAUCUUUGACUUCAAGCUAUUGACAACGUACCUUGUGGUGUCUCUCAUUUUCGGUGGUAUUGCGUACGUUGCGUACCUCUCAUUGGUCCCCCAAUCCAAGAAGUCCAGAUGCACGGCUGCUUCCGUUAGCGCACCCGUAGGUUCUGUGACUGCUAUGGAUGCUGGAGGCUAUCAGGAAGAAUGGAUCCUGGAGCACCACUUACGAAAAAACAAGGCCAAGAAGGGUGGGCCAGCUAGUGGUGAUGAGCUGAGCUGUGAGGAGACUAGCGGCACGGAAGGGAGGAAGCGGAAAGGCCGGAAGUAA